GUCCUCCCACUGAGAGGUGGCGCUGCUGAGCGGCUACUUCACUCACGCAGUGCGCCGGUGUUUGCGAGGAAACGCCAAACUGAAAGUAGUGGAUCUCUGAGCUUGAACGCCACCUUAGACUCAUCUAUCUGAGGAUAAUUUCCAGUGACGUAGAAGAUGUCUCGCAGAUAUGAUUCCCGGACAACCAUAUUUUCUCCUGAAGGCCGCCUGUAUCAGGUCGAGUACGCAAUGGAGGCGAUCGGUCACGCUGGAACGUGUCUGGGUAUCCUAGCAAAUGAUGGAGUGCUGUUGGCGGCGGAGAGACGCAACAUCCACAAACUGCUCGAUGAGGUUUUCUUCUCGGAGAAGAUCUACAAGCUAAAUGAAGACAUGGCCUGCAGCGUUGCUGGGAUCACAUCAGAUGCUAAUGUACUGACAAAUGAGCUGCGGCUAAUCGCACAGAGGUAUUUAUUGCAGUACCAGGAGCCAAUACCCUGCGAGCAGCUGGUCACAGCUCUGUGUGACAUUAAGCAAGCCUACACACAGUUUGGAGGUAAGAGGCCAUUUGGCGUUUCUCUGCUGUACAUGGGCUGGGACAAACAUUACGGUUUCCAGUUGUACCAAAGUGACCCCAGCGGCAACUACGGAGGCUGGAAGGCAACCUGCAUUGGCAACAACAGCGCUGCUGCUGUAUCCAUGCUGAAGCAGGACUACAAAGAGGGAGAGAUGACUCUGUCCUCUGCUCUGGCUUUGGCUGUCAAAGUCCUCAACAAAACGAUGGAUGUCAGCAAGCUGUCAGCAGAGAAAGUGGAGAUUGCCACCCUGACACGGGAAGAUGGGAAGACAAAAAUCAAAGUGCUGAAACAGAAAGAGGUGGAGGAACUCAUCAAGCGCCACGAGGCCGAAGAGGCAAAGGCUGAAAAAGACAAAAAGGAGAAGGAGCAGAAGGAAAAGGACAAAUGAGCAAAAUAAUAAUUUUCUUUUCACCCGUGUCACCAAAACCUGUAUUGUUUUGUCUUUUACAUUAAACAUUUGGAAACUGUC